AUGUUUAGUUCAACAACCAUAGACUUUUCUGGCAAUAAAAAUGUAGAUGCUAGCCACUGUGGUGCUACCAAAGCCCGUUUUACUGCUGUGUUGUGUGUUAAUGCUGCAGGAAAGGUGUUGAAAACAAUGAUUAUCCUUAAAGGAUUAAAAAACGUGCCUAAAAUCAAGAUCCCAAAGAAUAUUUACAUAACAGUCUCCAACAGGGGAUCAAUCACAUAUGAACUCAUGCAGGUGUGGGCUGACAAAGUGUUUGGGAAGAGAACAGCACAACUAUUCCAUGCUCAAAAUUCAGUACUAUUCAUGGAUGAAUGCUCAGUGCACAAGAAAACAGAGCUCCGAGAAGUGUUCAAACGUAGGAAUACAAUUCUCAAACUUAUACCUCCUAAAACAACAUCUUACUUGCAGCCAUUAGAUGUAUCAAUUAUUGGUCUUUUCAAGAAAACUCUUCGUGCUGAAUGGGAGAAUUGGUUUUCAAACGGCAAAAAGGAGUAUACAAAUAAAGGGUGUCGUAAAAAACCUUCUUAUCAAGAGAUAGUGAACUUUGCGACCCAAGCUGUUACCACUUUGAAUAAAGAAACUAUAAAGCGUGCUUUUGAAUGUUGUGGAAUUGCUCCUCUUAGACAGACUGUAGAACAUUGCCUCUUAGACUCAGGCUAA